AUGGCGGCGUGGGAAUCUCCCACACAGCUUUGCGGACACGGCAGGCAGCGGCGUGGAGGAACAGAGCGCCGGGCCUUUGAGGCACGCCGGCCCUCACCCCUCUGUGGAUUCCCGCUGAUUUUUCCUGAUCUCACUCCGACAGAAACGCAGAGGGUGAUGGAGCCCAUGACGGUGACGACGUCAGUGGUCGGGCCGGACGAGUUCGACCGCAACGCCCCGCGGAUCUGCGGCGUGUGCGGCGACAAAGCCACCGGCUUCCACUUCAACGCCAUGACCUGCGAGGGAUGCAAGGGCUUCUUCAGGCGCAGCAUGAAACGUAAAGCCUCCUUCACCUGCCCGUUCAACGGGAGCUGCACCAUCACUAAAGACAACCGCCGUCACUGCCAGGCCUGCCGGCUCAAACGCUGCAUUGACAUCGGCAUGAUGAAAGAGUUCAUACUGACAGAUGAGGAGGUUCAAAGGAAAAAGGAAAUGAUCCUAAAGAGGAAGGAGGAGGAGGCAGCCCGCGAAGCCAUGAGGCCGCGGCUGAACGAGGAGCAGGCCCGGAUGAUCUCCUCCCUGGUCGAAGCUCAUCACAAGACCUACGAUGCCUCCUACUCCGACUUCUCACGCUUUCGGGAUCUCAGAUUUAGCUGGAAAAUAGAAAAGCGCUUCCAGGACCCCUACUCAUGUGGACGGGGCCACUGGCGUGUGCCUCCAGUGCGUGAAGGUCCAGUAACACGCAGUGCCAGCAGAGCUGCCUCUCUUCACUCUUUGUCUGACGCCUCCUCCGAUUCAUUCAACCACUCUCCCGAGUCGGUCGACACCAAGAUGAACUUCAGCAACCUGUUGAUGAUGUACCAGGAUGGCGCAAGCAGCCCGGACUCCAGCGAGGAGGACACUAAGCUCUCCAUGCUGCCCCACCUGGCUGACCUGGUGUCUUACAGCAUCCAGAAAGUCAUCGGCUUUGCCAAGAUGAUCCCAGGCUUCAGAGAGCUGACAGCAGAAGACCAGAUUGCUCUGUUGAAGUCGAGCGCCAUAGAGAUCAUCAUGCUGCGCUCCAACCAGUCGUUCAGCCUGGAGGACAUGUCCUGGAGCUGCGGGGGACCCGACUUCAAAUACUGCAUCAAUGACGUCACGAAGGCGGGUCACACCCUGGAGCUGCUGGAGCCACUGGUGAAGUUCCAAGUCGGUCUGAAGAAACUCAACCUACACGAGGAGGAACACGUGCUGCUCAUGGCCAUCUGCCUGCUGUCUCCAGAUCGCCCCGGCGUCCAGGACCACGCCCGCAUCGAGCUGCUCCAGGACCGCCUGUCCGAGGCCUUGCAGGCCUACAUCCGAGUCAACCACCCGGGAGGACGCCUCCUUUACGCCAAGAUGAUCCAGAAGCUGGCCGACCUGCGGAGCCUGAACGAGGAGCACUCCAAGCAGUACCGCUCGCUGUCCUUCCAGCCGGAGCACAGCAUGCAGCUCACCCCGCUGGUGCUGGAAGUGUUUGGCAGCGAGGUGUCAUAG